AUGCAGAACAGUCCCGCUUUGUCGAAUAAUCCCUUUCCUUCGUCUUCAACACCCAACUCCUUCAUGGACACAUUCGAUUUCGGUAACCCCGACUUUUCCACCGCCAACUCGGGUCUUGAAGAUCUCAACAUCUUCCCCAGCACCGAUGCUUCUGCUUCCGUCCCAUCUCAACAUCACAAUCCACAGUCCGAAGCUGGCUCAGCGCCGGUCAGCCAUCAUCCAAGCCCUUCGGCGGCUACUUUGCCUCACGCCGGUGCUUCGUCCGACGCCAAUGCUUCACUGCAUUCGGCUUCCAAUUCCCACAACGCCGGCGUCUACCUCAACAGCGCCUCGCACGCCGGCUCACCCUUAGCCUUCAGCCGCAACCGCUUCGACAACAACUCUUCUGCCAGUCCACAAGCUGGUAGCAGCGAGCACGGUCACAACCGCCAAGCAUCCGCCGCGCCUUCCGACAUCAACUUUGGCAACUUUGCUGCCGAACAGAGUCAAGCCGCUCCGCCCAUGCAGUCAUCUCAGUCGCAAAACAACGAGCAGCAGCUGAACCACAUUCCUCAGCUCUCCAUUUCCGACUUGCAGCGAAUGCUUAUCGAGCGCGAAAGGACCGAGCGUAUCCAAAACAUGCAGACUGCCCUUCUCAAGCAGCAACUUGACCAGCUCUCGCGGCUUCAGCACCAGCAACAGUCACAAGGCCAGCAACAGCAACAGCACCACCAACAGGCGCAACAUCAACAGCAGCAGCAGCAGCACAAUGCGCAAAACGCUAGCGGUCCCCCGUCCAACCUCCAGCUCAAUCUUUCUGGGUCCGCCGGACAGCUCUCGCCAGGGCAGUCGCAGAGCUUGCUGAUGGCGCUGCAAAACGCUUUUGCUGCAGGCAACAACCCGAGUGCACAUCACAACGUUCUUCAGGCUGCCCAGUUCCAGCAGCAGCAGCAACAACCGCAAGCGCAAGCUCACAAUGCUUGGCAGCAACAUCAACAACCACAGCAGGCCAACGGUGCUCAGGGCCACGCCGGUACCGCUGGUGACCAGUCCAAUGUGCUGGCUCAGUACGGUCUCAUCACUCCCAUGGGUUCUGGUCCGUUCAACAGCUCUGCGUGUCCACCGGGCCCGGCUAACUUCAUGUCGCCGCUCACCAUCCAGCCUAACUCACAUCCUGGAAGCGUUGGUGUCGAGCACAGACCCGGCCACGACUACCUUGGCAACUACACGCCGCUCGAAUCGCCCGCUGUGACGCCAGCCAGCGUCUUUUCCACGGGCAGCACGGGCAUCGUCAUGUCCGAGCUCUUUUCGCCGCUCACCUCGCCUGCACUAGGCCCGCAGCCGCCCAGUCUGGGCGAGAUGAUGCUGCCACCAGCACAACUGCACCAGCCGCAGCACCACCAACCAUCGUCUCAGCACGCUGCCAUGCACGGUUCGCCGGCUGUGAGCGCAGUCAGCAAUUUCACGCCAACUGCCUCGCCUCUGGCACUCAUCGCCAAAGGAUCCAGCAAGAUCCGCAAGAACCGAAGCACCACUGCCGAGGCGCGAGCCAACAAGGUGCGUCCUUCACCAUUGAUCAAGCCCGUCGCAGGGCCUUCGAUCAAGAAGAAGAAGGAUGCAGCCAGUCUCGCCUCACCCAGCACGGCGACGCCUCUGGCCAACGGCAACGGGCAUGCCAAUGGUGGAUCGUCGGGCCCUGGUUCGCGAAGAGCGUCCAUCACGGCUGUCGCUGAAUCUGGGUCGGGAUCGCACUCGAGGCAUCAGUCCGCUGACGUGCCUCACAGCGAGGGCACUUCGUCGACGCCUUCGCCUAUCGAUCUGUCCGGUGGCGGUGCCAUGCCGCCUCCGUCUGGACCCACCAACAAGAUUCUCACGCCCAGUUCGAUCAUGGGCAUCCGAUCCAGCCCUGGCAGCGGUGCAGACCAGCGUCAAGCCUCUUCGCCCAACAACCGUGGAUCUACAUCGAAAGGCAAGGCGCGCGACGAUCUCCAGCAACAGCAACAGCAGCAGCAGCAGCAGCAACAACAACAACAGAUCAUGAUGCAGCAGACACCUCUGGGCAUGCACGGACAACCAGCACCAGGAGGCCACCACGUGUACCCCAGCAUUGCGCCCUUCCCUUCGUCCGCUCAGUCAUCCGCGCCCAAAGUGACAUUCAACCUGCCACCGCAAAUGAGCGGGAUGGCGAUCCAGCCGGGAGGACUUUCGCAAGCGGAUCGCGAUGCGUGGAUGUCGUACAAGUCGGCCGGUGGGCUCGAGUCGCGGCGAACAUCACACAAGGCAGCCGAGCAGAAACGUCGAGAUUCGCUCAAGUUCUGCUUUGACGAGCUGCGCGGUCUGCUGCCCGCCAUCACGCUGGACGAGGACGCGCCCAACGGAUCGCUGCUCGGUGCGGACGGAGCGGAAGAGGACCGCGAGGCCGAACACUUUGAACCGGGCGAUGUCGGUGAUCCGGAGAUGGCCCGGUCGGCGAACAAGGCGAUAUCCAAGGUGGCGUUGCUCAGGCACAGCAACGAGUAUCUGAUUAGGAUGAAGAAGCGCUUGGAGCGGAGAGACGAGGCGCUGGCCGUGUGCAGGAAGGAGGUGCACGAGUUGAGGCAGAAGCUGGGCCUACCGCCCUCGGACGAUCCCAGUGUCACGGGACACGGCCCGCCGCUGGGAUGGACGGACGAGUCGACGAUGAUGGAGUACGAGUUGGCCGAUGGCUCGGGAGAGAUCGGCGCCGACAGCCCAGAGGGCAAGGCCGAGAUGGACCAGACGGCGUAG